UGGCUGAGGAGAAUGGGUAGCAAAGAAGGGGUGGAAGGCAUGCAAGGGGAUAGCCCCGGGUAUUGCAAGCUGGAGGACGGUGGUUAGUGUCUGCAGUUGUCUGGGGAGCCGCUGCCUUCGGGGAGCUGCGGGCUCACAUUAAAGUCCCCAGGCUAGUUAGGCAUCACCGCAGAGAGCAGCGUUGGGGCUAUUCCCUGGUCACAGCCACACUGGUACUCAAAAGUGAAUGCAGAGCCGCGGUCCGACAGACGUGGGGGUUGGAUGUUGGUGGGUGGAAACACUCCCUUUUUUUUCCUCUCUGCAAAAACUGGCGCCGCCUUUCCGUUCCCGGUCUGCAGAAGUUGAGGGAAGUGGGUUCAGUCUGCACGAACUUGUCCCGACGACUUGUCCCAUGGAAACAGCUGAGAGCUGAGAGCAGACCUCUCGCAGCGGGGACAUGUACCUCUACGGCCGAGAGGAGCCUGAAGAGGGUUCGGCGGACUCCUAUACCAGCCGUCCAUCUGAAUCAGAUGUAUCUCUGGAGGAAGACCGGGAGGCAGUACGGAGAGAAGCAGAGCGCCAAGCCCAAGCCCAGCUGGAGAAAGCAAAGACUAAACCUGUUGCAUUUGCCGUACGGACAAAUGUUGGCUACAGUGCAGCCUUGGAUAAUGAUGUCCCUGUCCCAGGCAUGGCUAUCUCUUUCGAAGCAAAGGAUUUUCUACACGUCAAAGAAAAAUUCAGUAACGACUGGUGGAUAGGACGGCUGGUUAAGGAAGGCUGUGAAAUAGGGUUCAUUCCAAGUCCAGUCAAAUUAGAAAAUAUGAGGCUGCAGAAUGACCAAAAAACAAAACAGGGAAAAUAUCAUUCAAGUAAAUCGGGUGGAAAUUCAUCUUCCAGUUUAGGUGAUGUGGUCCCUAGUUCCAGGCGGUCCACUCCUCCCUCAUCUGCUAAACAGAAGCAGAAAUCGACUGAGCACGUCCCUCCCUACGAUGUAGUGCCUUCUAUGCGACCGGUAGUUCUAGUGGGGCCUUCUCUGAAAGGAUAUGAGGUGACAGAUAUGAUGCAAAAAGCAUUAUUUGACUUUCUGAAACACAGAUUUGAAGGAAGAAUAUCAAUCACACGGGUUACAGCUGACAUCUCCCUUGCCAAACGUUCAGUGUUAAAUAAUCCUAGUAAGCAUGCAAUAAUCGAACGCUCGAACACAAGAUCGAGCUUGGCUGAAGUCCAAUGUGAAAUAGAACGGAUCUUUGAACUGGCAAGAACACUGCAAUUAGUAGUUCUUGAUGCAGAUACGAUCAACCAUCCGGCUCAGUUGGGUAAAACCUCUUUGGCUCCUGUUAUAGUCUACGUAAAGAUUUCAUCUCCAAAGGUAUUGCAAAGAUUAAUAAAAUCAAGAGGAAAAUCCCAGGCUAAACACCUGAAUGUCCAGAUGGUUGCAGCAGACAAACUGGCUCAAUGCCCUCCAGAACUAUUUGAUGUAAUCCUUGAUGAAAAUCAGCUAGAAGAUGCCUGUGAGCACUUAUCUGACUACCUAGAAGCUUACUGGAGAGCUACCCACCCUCCAAGCAGCAAUCCUCCCAAUCCACUCCUCAGCCGUACAAUGGCCAGUGCAGCUCUUCCUGCGAGCCCAGCGCCAGUCUCCAAUCUGCAGGGUGAACAGAAACAGGGAGAGCAAAAACAUCUACAUUCAGGACCUGAGAGAUCUGCUUCCCAGGAAGAAGAGAAGCAACCAGAGCCAGUAAAAAAGCCCCAGCACCGAACUUCUUCCUCUGCCAAGCACCACAAUCACAGGGGUACAGUGAGCCGGGGCCUCGAGAGGCAGCAAACAUUUGACUCAGAAAUGGAGGACAGCAGGGAUUCUGUGUAUAUUGAACCAAAUGAUGAUUAUACGGAUAGUCAUGGUGAUCAUUACAGCUCACACCAGGAUCAUAACCAUACAGAAGAAGUCCAAGGUGACUCCACCCAUAGGCAUAGAGAAUCACGGCAUCGUUCUAAGGAACAAGAGCGAGAACAGGACCAUAAUGAACGCAACAAACAGCGCAGUCGCCAUAAAUCAAAAGAUCGUCAUUGUGAAAGGGAUGGGGAUGUUGCAUCCAAAAAAAGAAAUGACGUAAGCGAGUGGAACCAGGAUGUGUACAUUCGCCAUUAACUCUGUCUAUAAAGCUCCUCAUCCCUUUUAGUUUUGUGUGUGUAAAAGGAAAAAUGCACAUUAUCUGAUAUGUCUGCUGUAAAAGUUAUUGUACUUUGGAGACUUCUUUCAGUUGUUGCUGAUCCAGCAUGGAAAUAGAAUCAAUAUAAUUCACUUAAACCCAUGGUACAAUUGCAGAUAUCCUAGACUUGUACUGUACUUGUUUUUGGUUUGGUUUAGAUGGCUGCCGGCUGAACAAUAACUUUUACUAUCAAAUUACUGUUAAUGUUCUUAAGCAACAUUUUUAUAUAUAUAUAUAUGUGUGUGUGUGUGUGUGUGUGUGUGUGUGUGUGUGUGUGUAUGUGUGUGUGGGGUGGGGCUGGGCUGGGGUCGGGAAAUUGAACGUUCUUGAGAAUUCAGGAAAAGUUGGAUCAGCACAUAGUUUACUUUUUUUUAAUCCUCAAAUGUUUAAUUUCUGCAUGCAGAAAUCUGUUCAUGUUUAAAGACCACUCUGGCUUAUACUUGUAGUUGGGGUGCAUUAUCGGAAUCUAGUCUUGCCUUACACAUCAGACAUAAUUAAAAGGAAAGUAUUUUUUAAGUACUGGUACUAUGUACUGUAUGGUAUCACUUUAUUUAUACUCAUAUCAUUUGCAAAUCAUUCACAAAUAUAAUUAGCCAUUUUAUCUGCUUCAAAAUUGUUUCGAUGUAUUUUCUCUCCUUUAUCAUGCCAACUACAACUGGCCUAUUUUAGAAAAUUUAUAGUUAAUUUGACCACAUAUCCAACAUUUCAUCAAUAAGUGGGCUGGGAAAUUCAAAAUAUAAAGCCUAGAAUGACUUAUUGUUUAGGUUUUUGUAAAAUUAGUAGUUUGAACUGUUAAGGCAAUGGCCAUUUUACUUAAUCAGUCUAAGUUAUACACCAAAUACUUAAUAUUUAUGUAUGGUAAAUUGCUUGAGGAUUCCUUGUUUUUUUUUCCCCUGUAAAAUUAUCUUAUUUUCCCAAAUGGCUUUGAUUUAUUGCUUAAUGGGCAUAAAGAAAAGCUCUUCUAUUACUGUAUAUGCACAUUUGUGGAAUUUAUUUUUGAGAUCUAAUUUGUAAGCAUUUGUAUAUAUUGUUAUUAUUGCCUUUGUAGAUGUUGACAGUAGUUGAUUCUGCUGCACUGUUUAAUAGUUAUUUAUUUAACUGUACAAAUGUUGGCUGUACAUGUUAACAUAGAAAUGCCAUUUCAUUAACAGGGACAAUGUUCCAUUGCUUCUGUUAUGUAAUGAAUAGAUACAAAGACGUACAUAGGCACAUAUAUACACACACAGACACACAUUCAUUCUUCCAGUCACUUUGCCUGAAAUAGGUUGCUGCUUUAUCAUAAAAAUUGUAAAGUUCUAGCACGUGAGGUGUUUAUUCUCUGCUCCAAUAUACCAAACCAUGUAUUUUCCCCAAAACAGCAAUGUGCACUACACUUGAAUUUCAGAUCUGUUGCUUUUUUUUUAAGAAAAAUGAAAAAGUACUAUUUCCCUACUUUUCCAAUUUCCUACCUUUCUGGUAGGAGGCCUGAUUUGGAUGUAGUUGUUGACAGAAUGUGCAUUGGGGUUUUGCGUAAAAAUAAACGUUCAGAUCAAAGAGGUAACCCUAUUAUUUGGAGGUUCUGGAUUUUGCAUUUUUAAAGCCUUCAGUGGCAAAAAUGUGGCUAACUUGUAAUAAUCAGUACAAUGUAAGAGUAUGUCUGUAGACAGCACCUUUAGUCAGUGUGUAAAUAAAUAAUGUAAAUUUGUCAGUACACCUUAGACUCCAUCCAGCUCUUAUGUUUUAGUGGAUAAAUAAGUGAAGUAUCAGAGGGCUUUCAUGGAACCAUAUCCCAGCAUCCGUCAGUGCCUUUACAAAAAGAUUAAACUGAGAAAAUCAGUUAAGAAUCAUUGCAGUCUUAUCCAUUAUCAAAGCAAAAUACUGCAGAUGCUGGAAAUCUGAAAUAAAGCAGAACGUGCCAGAAAUGCUUAGUAGAUCAGGCAGCAGCCAUGGAGAAAAUUGUUUCAAGGUGAUGACUAUUCAUCAGAACUAGUAAAGUUCUGCUUAAAGUCAUUGAUAUUAAAUGUUAGCUCUGUUUCUGACCACUGAUGCUGUCUGGACAGCUGUGUAUUUCCAGUAGUUUCUCUUUUAUUUCUCAUUCAUUACUGUUGCUGUUUCUGAAGUAGUCUUUACACUGAGUGUCCAAAAACACUGAAGCCUAAACAAUUGCACCCAUACAUACUUCAUUUUUUGAGGAGUUUCCCCGAGUCCAAGAAAAACUCAGUUUGGAAAUUUAUUGCCGAGUACAAAUUUUUAUUUUAGAGAAAAUUUUGUGAAUGUACUCUCGAUAUAGAUAUGGAUGCGAAAAUCAGUAGAUCUGAUUGGUAUUGUUUCACUUUCCUGAAUAAUGUAAUGAAGCAAACACACUGGACUCUGUAUCUUAUCACCCAGUCUGUUUCCUUGACUUUAAGGUACAGCCGACAUAACUUUUACCCCACAAUUAUUUUCCUAACCUGACAACUGGAAAAUGAACAGCUCCUCAAUUACUUUUUAAGAUAAACGUUCCAAGGUGAUGACAUGUUAGUAGAUCAUCUACUGUACAGUCAACAACAUGGAUCUUGACUUGAAGACAUGAGAGAGAAAAUCCACCAUGAUUUACAACUAUAAAUGGUGUGUUCUGAUAGUGUGAUAGUACAAGAACAGUGAUUUGACAUGGUUCUAAUUUGGGCAUUGGUGUGAUUUUAAAGAUAAUCAAAUGGAAUUACAGGGUAACAUUAUCGGCCAGCCACUGAAAUGGUGCUUGAAGUUCUUCACCUUAACGUCAUUCUGGUCUUAGAGUAACCAAAUCUGAAGUUUGGAAAGGAAACAUUAAAUGUGUAAAUGAUUUUAAAAAAAUGUAAAUUAAAGAUCACAAAUUUAUGGUCCUGAAA